CAAAGUACCAAUCGCUUUUUUUCCUCCGAUCUUUACAGCCGCUCUCAUUCAGGCUGUAAGCCUGUAUCACUGCUGAUUUUGCUUCAUAUAAAAUGCUCUGUUGACAGCUUCAAAGCCUAUCCUAUACCCAACUGCUUUGUGUAAUACCACUAUGGAUGUUCCCAACGAAACUUUGGCUACGAUGCCAAGCCAUGUCCGUGUACUAAAGGAUAUCACCUUUGGAAGUAUCGCCGGAAUGGUCUCCAAAGUGUUUGAACAUCCUUUUGACCUCACAAAAGUACGGUUACAAUCUCAGGUGUUAGACUCGUCUGCUCGAUUCGCAGGCCCAAUAGACUGUUUAACGAAGACAUGGAAGAAUGAAGGUAUAACAGGUCUAUAUCGAGGUCUUCCCGCACCAAUUGCUGGCGCAAUGGUCGAAAAUGCCUCUUUGUUCCUGUCAUAUAGAGAACUUCAGAACCUUAUCAGACGUGUAACACACCAACCCGACUCGCAGAAGCUUCCUCUGCACCAACUAGCUCUCGCAGCUGCCGGAUCUGGAGCCAUAACAAGCUUUCUGCUCACACCGAUCGAACUUGUGAAAUGCAAGAUGCAAGUUCAGAUGCUGGUAUCACCUCCAUCAUUGUCCAUUCCACAUUCUCUUCCAGGCCCAUUUACAGUGUUCGCGUCAGCAUUUCGCAGUUCCGGAUUCACAGGCUUGUGGUUGGGUCACACGGGCACGCUCAUUAGAGAGACCGGGGGCACGGCUGCGUGGUUUGCAACCAAGGAGUACGUCGCGUCUCUCCUCCUCGCACGGCGUGCUGCAAGUAGCCAAGACCUUCGUCCCUGGGAGUCUGCAUUCUCCGGUGCCUGUGCAGGAGCAGCUUUUAACCUUGCUUUAUUCCCAGCUGAUACUGUGAAGAGUGCCAUGCAGACCGCGGAGGAGCUCCGACCAUCAUCCGGCGCCCUGAAUCAGACAUAUCGGUAUUCUCCGCCCUCGUUUUUUGGCACGUUUGCCCAAAUGUACAAAGCCCAAGGUAUUCGAGGAUUGUACGCUGGGUGCGGUGUCACUGUCGCGAGGUCAAUACCAAGCAGCGCCAUCAUCUUUCUUAUAUUCGAUGGGCUAAAUAAACGUUUUGGAUGAUUGGUUGACGUAGCGAAUCGUAUCCAUGAUCCAAGCGUCCACUUUGUUUGCGCAAUAUGUCUCUAGGUAUACUCGUUCUUGUGCGCGAUGAAGACAAAACUCGACUUCGUAGAAGAUACAUUUCAUCGUGAUGAUUCGGAUUCCAACUUAUUAGCGAACUUCUGCCAAAAGCUUAAAACUAAGUAAUGCGGCUAUUAUGUACGCCUGGGUAUCCAUUUGUAUACAUAGUGUAAUACGCAUCUAUGAUAAUUAUAAUGUGCUCUCAAA